UCCUCACCGCGCGCCACGCGUCGCGAUGCCUCCGCCUCCGCCGCCCGCUUCCACCGCCGCCUCGCGCGCGGCAAUGCUGCACUCGGUCAACACCCUCGCCUCGUUCAGCGACACCCUCGCCGACUUCCUAGAUCAGUGGGACUCAGUCGUCCUCGACGUCGCCUCCAUCGCCGCCACCUUCGCUGUCCUCUUCCCGGGGCCCGGUUCCAACCCUAAACCCUACCUUCCCGCCCCCGCGCCGGAGCCGGUCAGGGAGCGCGAGCCCACUCCCGCGCCACAGCCGGAAAGGGAGCCCGAGCCCACUCUCGCGCCACAGCCUGAACCCGGACCCAAUGCCGCGCCGGCGCCGGAGCCGGAGCCGGAACCGCAGUGGGAGCGGGAGCCCAGUCCUUUGCCGGAGCCCCAGUCCAGUCCCUUGCCGGAGCCCGCACCCGCACUCCAGCCACGUCCCGCUCCGGAGUCCGCACCCGCGCCCCAGCCGGAGCCCGCACCCAACCCCGACAGCGAGCGCCAGGACGGCGCUGGCGACGCAUACGCGGCGGAGCUCGAGCACAGGUGCCAGCAGAUGAACUGCAGGGGUGUCCGGCGCUUUGUCACCGCCCAAGUGCGGGACGGCGGCGUCGAGUGGCUGCGCCAGGUGGGGCCGGGCGCGCUGCGGCGCGCCCCGGACCCCGCUGCGCUCGUGCUCCGCGCCAUCGGCCGCUACUACAUCCGCGCCGAGAGCCCCGACGUGGAGGCCGCCUGCACGCUCCUCCUCGAGCUCUACGUGCGCGCCGGGUGCCCGCGCCUCCCCUGGGGGCAGGGGAGGGACGCGGAGCUGCUGCUGCGGCAGGAGGCCCGCGAGGUCGCGCUGACGUGGCGCAGCCGCCUCCUGCGCGGCAGUGGCGGUGGGGUCGGCAACGCGCCCGGCGCUGCGGGCGCUCGCGGCCUCGCUUUCUUCAUGGCUGCCUUCGGGGUGCCCGUCGAGUUCCCGGCGCAGGAGCUCUGCGACCUUGUAAACGCUGCAGACGUCGCGGCCUGCGUUGAGGUGCUCAAGGCCUCCAAGCUCUUUGUCAGGAAGAUGCGGGAUGUCGUUAUCGAAAUGAUAAAUAAGGCCAUGUAUCUUCAGGCAAUGCGCAUCAUCCUUGCAUUUGAAUUUCAGGAAGCAUUCCCUCUUGCACCAACACUCGCUCUCAUCAUUGAGAAACUUGAGCACGAUACGAAAGAUGAGAAUGAGGGGCAGGCAUCGGAGCGUGAUGAGGAGGACUUGGCUCUUUUGAGUUCAAUAUCCAAAUGCAUGGAGGAUCACAAGUUAUCUCCCUCAGAAUUUACUAGCUUUGCUGCGAAGAUUGCGCUGUUAGAAGAGCGUGUUGGGAAGCCAAAACAAGCCUGUACAGGAGUUAAGCGGAAGAGAGCAGAGGAGUGUGUUGGGUAGAAGCAAAGUUCCCAUAUGGUUGCGCUACCUCUAUUGCGCAUCACUGGAUUCUCUUUGUGCCAUAUAGUCAACUUCACUGGCACAUGAUAACCAUCCUAGAAUCACCACACAAAAUAGUUGUAGCUCUCCAAAUUUUAUGCAGACUAACUUGCAUAUUUUACAGUCUUACAGACGUGUAGAAAGUAUUCCUGGAUAUUCUAAACUCCACAGGGAUACAUCAUGUGGAACGUACUAUCUUCAUAAAUAUGGAAUCACUGAACCUAUAGGAAGGCACAAAGAAGGUUAUGAUGUUUUCGUUUAACCUUUUUUUUAAUAAGCUUGGCCCUGUUUAGCAGUUUCCCUACCCAAGUAAACUCAGCCAACUUUUGUUGUUUGUUGCAUAUGGAUUUCUUUCGGCAUCACCCAUGUUUUCCCUUAUGAACAUCAGUUGGGAGAUCAGUAUUACUUGGCCUGAUAUAAA